AUGAACAUCAGUUCUUACGAUUUGCAAUAUCUCGUCUGGCUAUUCGUCGAUUUCGACGCACUGGAGGACUAUCCACUUAUUCGCAUCACCAUUUUUUGUGCCUAUCUUUUCCUUGAUGUCAUCAGUUUCAUAUUGCUCAUAUUGCUCUCUUCUUGCGGACUUACCUCUAGUGAUUCUCAGUCUGAUGAGAGUCAAAGUGUCGAUGAUUGCUUUUUUAAUAUUGCCUAUAAUUCUAACGGAAAGAGUGUAUUCUAUCAAACACAUGUGGAACUACGAGAGAAAGUCUCGAACCCAUAUCUCGACGACGAUUAUGAUCUCGCUUUUUCUUUUCUCCACUUUUUUCGCAUUAUUCGCGAGUAUCGUCUCCAAGAAUGU